AUGAUGGUACAGUCGCGUGCACAAUUCGCGAUCGCCGUACAGUCGCGUGCACAGCCCGCGAUCGCCGUACAGUCGCGUGCACAGCUCGCGAUCGCCGUACAGUCGCGUGCACAGCCCGCGAUCGCCGUACAGUCGCGUGCACAGCCCGCGAUCGCCGUACAGUCGCGUGCACAACUCGCGAUCGCCGUACAGUCGCGUGCACAGCCCGCGAUCGCCGUACAGUCGCGUGCACACUCGCAAUCGCCGUACAGUCGCGUGCACAGCCCGCGAUCGCGGUACAGUCGCGUGCACAGCCCGCGAUCGCCGUACAGUCGCGUGCACAGCUCGCGAUCGCCGUACAGCCGAAUCGCGGUACCGUCGCGUGGCAAAGAUCGCGCGAAUCAGCCGUACAGUCGCGUGCACGCCGCGAUCGCCGUACAGUCGCCGUGCACAGCCGGCCCCGAAUCGCGGGUACAGUCCGUGCACAGCCCGCGAUCGCGGUACAUUCGGUGCACAGCUCGAUCGCCGUACAGUCGCGUGCACAGCUCGCGAUCGCCGUACAGUCGCGUGCACAGCCGCGAUCGCCGUACAGUCGCGUGCACAGCCGCGAUCGCCGUACAGUCGCGUGCACAGCCGCGACCGCCGUACAGUCGCGUGCACAGCCCGCGAUCGCCGCACAGGCGCGCGCACAGCCCGCGAUCGCGGAACAGUCGCGUGCACAGCACGCGAUCGCGGUACAGUCGCGUGCACAGCUCGCGAUCGCCGUACAGUCGCGUGCACAGCCCGCGAUCGCCGUACAGUCGCGUGCACAACUCGCAAUCGCCGUACAGUCGCGUGCACAGCCGCGAUCGCCGUACAGUCGCGUGCACAGCCGCGACCGCCGUACAGUCGCGUGCACAGCCCGCGAUCGCCGUACAGUCGCGUGCACAGCCGCGAUCGCCGUACAGUCGCGUGCACAGCCCGCGAUCGCCGUACAGUCGCGUGCACAGCCCGCGAUCGCCGUACAGCCGCGUGCCCAGCGCGCGCUCGCCGUACAGUCGCGUGCACAGCCGCGAUCGCCGUACAGUCGCGUGCACAGCCGCGAUCGCCGUACAGUCGCGUGCACAGCCGCGAUCGCCGUACAGUCGCGUGCACAGCCGCGAUCGCCGUACAGUCGCGUGCACAGCCGCGAUCGCCGUACAGUCGCGUGCACAGCUCGCGAUCGCCGUACAGUCGCGUGCACAGCCGCGAUCGCCGUACAGUCGCGUGCACAGCUCGCGAUCGCACGCCGGUCUCCUGCGAGGUCGUGGUACUUACCCGGACGAGCCUGCCCAUUCGUGCAAUUCGUGCGAUGCCCUAUUCUAUGCGUCACAGACCACAGGGCUGGUCGAAAUGGACGCG